UUCACCAAUCAGCGACCGGAGUGAAAGUUGAAAGGUUAAAUCCAAUAUGGCGGCUAGCAAACGAGUACUGUAUGUUGGUGGCUUGGCUGAAGAAGUAGAUGAGAAGGUUUUACAUGCGGCGUUUAUUCCGUUUGGAGACGUCACAGACAUCCAAAUACCGCUGGACUAUGAAACAGAAAAGCACAGAGGAUUUGCAUUCAUUGAAUUUGAGCUGGCAGAGGAUGCAGCAGCAGCUAUUGAUAACAUGAAUGAGUCAGAACUUUUUGGGCGUACGAUUCGUGUCAACAUUGCCAAGCCGAUGAGAAUAAAAGAGGGUUCUUCUCGACCAGUGUGGACGGAUGAUGACUGGUUGAAGAAAUUCUCAGGGAAGACCCUGGAAGAAGCUGAGGCAGAGGCAGCAGCUGGAGAAACAAACAACACGACAGCACAGGAGGCUGAGCCACCUGCUAAAAAGAGCAGAGUAAAUCCUCAGGUCUACAUGGACAUCAAGAUUGGGAACAAGCCAGCAGGGAGACUACGAUUUCUACUUCGGGCUGACAUUGUUCCAAUGACAGCAGAGAACUUCCGCUGCCUGUGUACACAUGAAAAGGGAUUUGGGUUCAAGGGCAGCAGCUUCCAUCGCAUCAUCCCUCAGUUCAUGUGCCAAGGAGGUGACUUCACCAACCACAACGGCACCGGUGGCAAAUCCAUCUACGGCCGGAAGUUUGAUGAUGAGAACUUCGUCCUCAAACACACCACUCCAGGACAGCUCUCUAUGGCCAACUCUGGGUCCAACACUAAUGGCUCCCAGUUCUUCAUCACCACAGACAAAACAGACUGGCUGGAUGGCAAACAUGUGGUGUUUGGAGACCUGGUGGAGGGGAUGGAUGUGCUCCGAGCAAUGGAGGCACAGGGAACAAAAGACGGGAAGCCAAAGCAGAAAGUGAUCAUCUCAGACUGUGGAGAAUAUGUGUGAAUAGAACAGAAAAUGAGUGCUUGUUUGUUUGUGUAUGCAGGCAAGUUUUGCCUGAGAGGACUGUGUUCAUGGUCUUUUGUACUGGGAAUCUUCUGCCAUGUAAAUAUUUCAAUAAACACAUUUUAUAAAGAAAAUCAUGCC